UUCAGAGAACUCAGGCGAAACUUCUCAUCCACCAAGCUUCUUCCUACAUUGCAGUCAUGUCGCUUCUUACCAUGGGCCAAGAACACAGAGGAACUAGGGCAAACAUUGCCUCAUUCGAUCCCAAGAAAUUUCGUCAACGUUCACACCCAAUGCCUUAUCCAGACCCAUGGUGCGUACCUUACAUAGAGCGUGCGGGUUUCGGUCAUGUAAUGCAUGUCGUAAAUGCCACCAUUGAUGCCAAAUUCAUUUUGGCUCUGUGUGAACGUUGGAGACCUGAGACACACACCUUUCACCUACCAACUGGUGAAUGUACCGUCACAUUAGAGGACGUGUACAUGCUUUUAGGUCUUAGAAUAGAUGGUAAGCCUGUGACCGGAAAUGUUCAACAGCCUAACCAAAUAUGUGUUCAAAUGUUGGGGGUAGAUCUGGUCGAGGGUGAGGGGUCUGCCAAAGCAAGGGGUCAGGGUAUUAAAUUAUCUAGCCUACAAUUGUACCACGACUCCAUAACUUUGACUGAGGAAUCCUCCGAACAAGAAAAAGUCAUAAAAACCCGGGUUUACAUUAUGCUAUUGUUUGGGAACUUGCUAUUUCCCGAAGGGACGGGAAAUAGCAUAAAUUUUAUGUACUUGAGUUUGCUCGGGGACAUUGAUAGAAUAAGCACAUAUAGUUGGGGUUCUGCAGUAUUAGCAUUCCUAUAUAGCUCUUUGUGUAAAAAUGCACAAAAUGAGCACUGUACAUUUUCUGGAUGUGCUUUUUUGCUUCAAACAUGGGGGUGGUGGAGAUUGCCGAGGCUAGCCCCAGAAAAUCCUAAUGACUACUCCUUCCCCUACGCAACUAGGUUCAUUACAACCGGACUGGAUUACAGUCUUACCCCCAAAAAUAAAAUUAUAUUUUAUCGUCAACUGUUGGAUCGUCUCCGAGCACAGGAUGUAUUACCACUAAAUCACUCAACUUCUAACUGAUUUAUUAAUGUCAUGCAUUCUCGAUAAAUAACAUAUUUACUUUUUUCUUUGCAGUUUAUUU